UUAGAACUGUCCAGUACAAGAGAAGUGGAAGAGAAGACGUCUGUUGGCCAACCACUACCUAGAGGUAGGUAGGUAGCCUCGGUUGAACACGCAGCAAAGGUCAUGAGGACCUCCUCUCUCUUCCAGCUGAACUUUUUGCCCUCGUUGGCUCGACAUGUGCAGCUGGAAAAGAGGCAUCCACUUCCCCAGGACCCCCAGCUCGCCCAGUCAGUCAACAAACCCAGUCAAAGACCCCUACCUCUCCCCAGUUAGGUUGAUGUGAUAGACUCCGCCCUAUGGUUUGUCAGUGGGCCG